AUGUUUAGUGUUAUUCUUCUAACUUCAACGGAGCAGCGACAUCAACGAAAACAACAUCAACGAACGUCAACAGCAACGGACAUCAACAGACAUCAGCGGCAUCGAAAGACGAGCGUUACGUCUUGGACUGCAGCAGUGGACGAAUCCGCUGCAGUCCAUUGGGUGAAUUCAUCGGACUGCAGCGAUGGACGAAGCUCGCGUGGUGAGCAACUUCCACCUUUCACUGCGAGCGAAAUUUGGACCCGGAAGCAGCUGAGCCAAUUCCGGAAGCAGCUGGACCAAGUCCGGAAGCAGCUGGGCCAAUUUCGGAAGCAGCUGGAUCAAGUCCGGAAACAGCUGGAUCAAGUCCGGAAGCAACUGGACCAAGCCAUCCGGAAGCAGCUGGAAGCAACUGAUCCGGAAGCAGCUGGACCAAGUCAUCGGGGCGUACAUGUAUAUACGUUACUGUUUGAUCUUCACUACAAUGCCAACGAUACUAGAGGUAUUGUAAUUGGAACGAAAGUACUAUUGGAUAUUGGAGGCGACAGCGAUCAAUCUACCAAAGAAGAUUAA